GGGCCUGGGCGCGCCUGCGCAGUCCGCUGUGCUCGCUUGGGGCGGCGGAAGCGACGCGCCGGGGUGAAGAUGGAAGACUUCCAGGCUUCAGAGGAGACUUCUUUUGUGGUUGACGAAGUGAGCAACAUUGUCAAAGAGGCCAUUGAAAGCGCCAUUGGUGGUAAUGCCUACCAGCACAGCAAGGUCAACCAGUGGACCACAAAUGUCGUAGAGCAAACCUUAAGCCAACUCACCAAGCUGGGGAAGCCAUUCAAGUACAUCGUGACCUGUGUAAUUAUGCAAAAGAAUGGCGCUGGGUUACACACAGCAAGCUCCUGCUUCUGGGACAGCUCCACUGACGGGAGCUGCACCGUGCGAUGGGAGAACAAGACCAUGUACUGCAUCGUCAGUGCCUUUGGGCUGUCCAUCUGACCCCCACGCCCAGCCGUAGGCCUCCUAUGUCACGUUUCUACCCCGCCUUCUAACCGCCAGGUGCGAUUCAGCGAACACCUUCCUCCUCUUUGUGUGUGUCGUGGCACUCUUCAAACCUGUAGAGAAAUAAACCAAAUGACUGUCCUGCUAUACACACCGCACCGUCCAGUCAGUCAGUAGUUCUCUGUAGUCGCCAGCAGCCUGUAUUGCCACGUCUUAACUCUGUAUUUCUUUUCAAAGGUGCUAAAAACCGAAAUCUGCUAGUGGGAAACUUUCUCUCCUUUCUGAAAUGAUUCAAAUACACUAAUUUUCCAUACUUUAUACUUUUGUUAGAAUAAUAAAUUAUUCAAAUUUAAA